AUGCAAGAAAAGGAACUGAACCGGGUGGAAGAGUAUCUGGGAUUGUCAGUACAGAAGAAUGGAGGAUCAGAGAAGGAGGUAGUGAAGAGAGUGCAGGUUGGCUGGAGCACCUGGAAGAAAAUUACAGGGGUCAUGUGUGACAGGAAAGUGCCAGUAAAGUUGAAAGGAAGGUUGCACAAGGUAAUAGUGAUACCAGUGAUGUUGUAUGGAGUGGAGGCAGUGACAGUGACAAAGGCACAAGAGAGAAAGAUGGAGGUGGCAGAAAUGAAGAUGUUGAGAUUCUCCCUGGGAAACACUAGGUUAAAUAGAAUCCAAAAUGAGGAAGUGGGGCGAAGACUAGGAAUUACAGAACUGGGACAUAAGUUGAGAAAAACGAGACUGGUGGCUUGGACAUGUGGUGAGAAAGGAAAGAGACAUGUGUUGAAAACAGAAUGCGUAACAUGGUAG